GGCCCUGCGGGCUGCCCAUGAGCGCAAACACGAUGAUCUUCAUGAUUCUGGGGGCGUCGGUAGUGAUGGCCAUCGCCUGCUUGAUGGACAUGAACGCGCUGCUGGACAGAUUCCACAAUUACAUCCUCCCGCACCUGCGGGGCGAGGACCGCGUCUGUCAUUGCAACUGUGGGAGGCACCACAUCCACUACGUGAUCCCCUACGACGGGGACCAGUCUGUGGUCGACUCCUCAGAGAACUACUUUGUGACAGACAACGUGACCAAGCAGGAGAUUGACCUGAUGUUGGGCCUGCUGCUGGGAUUCUGUAUCAGCUGGUUCCUGGUGUGGAUGGAUGGGGUCCUGCACUGCGCUGUGCGGGCCUGGAGGGCCAGUCGCCGCUUUGACAACUCAUGGUCCUGGCUCCCCAAAUUCUGCAGUCUGAAAGACUUCCGGAAACGACCCCACCGGCCAUAUGAGGAGCCCACAGGAAACAUGGUGCACAUCAAACAGAAGCUUUACCACAAUGGCCACCCUAGCCCCCGGCACCUCUGAGCCCCUGCCUUGGCUUAGUUAAGCCCACGGAGGGACUUGGGACACACGGACAGACCAUUGGACCACAGGGUGGACGCUGCCCAGUGUCUAUGGCUAUAUUCCCUGGGGGCCUGAGGCCAAGCUCUAUGGACCUACAGCUGGCAGGGCCCCCCCUAUGUGGCCAGGAGCCAACCUGGCCCUGACCCUGGCCUGCUUGGGCCCCAGCACUGGACCUCUGUACAUAUGUAAGAAGGAUCUUUGCUUAUAAACCCUUCCCCCACCCCCAGGGGGCUAUACAGCCCAACCCCUCAGACCCU